AUGAUAAACGCACGACUAGUGAUUCUUUUUGCAUCAGUCGUAUUACCGAUUUCAAUAAUGGCGGAUGCCCAGGAGUUAUCUACGAGUAUCAAUCAGUUUGCUGGAAACCUGUACAGCACGGUUGCUUAUGACAACGAAGACAACCUUAUCAUGUCCCCACUGUCUGUACAAACUUCUCUGUCGCUGGUAUUAAUGGGAGCUUGUGGUAAUACUGCCACACAAAUAGCUACUGCUUUGCGUCAGCCUCAAUCAAAAGAACAAAUCCAAGAUGACUAUCAUGCAUUGAUGAACACUCUUAAUACACAAAAAGGUGUAAUUCUGGAAAUUGCCAAUAAAGUUUAUGUUAUGGAAGGCUAUAGAUUGAAACCCGCCUUCAAGGAAAUUGCCGCCAACAAAUUCUUAGCUGGAGCAGAAAACUUGAACUUUGCAGAAAAUGCUGAAAGUGCUAGGGUUAUCAAUACUUGGGUUGAAAAAAAAACUCAUCACAAAAUUCUUCAUUUGAUCAAAGCCGGUGAUAUCGAUCAGAAUGCAAGAAUGGUUCUUGUGAAUGCAUUGUACUUCAAAGGCCUCUGGGAGAAACAAUUCGAAAUUGAAAAUACCCAAGAUAAACCUUUCUAUGUUACUGAAACAGAGACAAAGAAUGUAAGUAUGAUGCAUAUUAAGAAUAAAUUCCGUUAUGGCGAAUUUGAACAAUUAGAUGCAAAGGCUGUAGAAUUGCCCUACAGAAGCUCAGAUUUGGCCAUGUUAAUCAUUCUGCCAAAUAGCAAAACUGGUCUGUCUGCUCUUGAAGACAAGUUACAGGAUGUUGAUUUGCAUAACUUGACUAGACGCAUGUACGCUGUUGAAGUUAUUUUGGAUCUGCCUAAAUUCAAGAUUGAAUCUGAGAUAGAUUUGAAUGAACCUCUCAAAAAGUUGGGUAUGUCUGAUAUUUUCGUUCCUGAAAAAGCUAACUUCAAAGGAUUACUUAAAGAAGCUGAUGAGUUGCUAUGUAUUUCUAAAGUAAUACAAAAAGCUUUCAUUGAAGUAAAUGAAGAAGGUGCUGAAGCCGCAGCUGCCACAAGUGUUCGUUUAGUUUAUAACACAGCUCCAAGAUGUUUUCACCAAGAACCAAAAUUCUUUUAUGCCGAUAGGCCUUUUUAUUUCACUGUAAUGCACAGGCGAACAACGUCUCUGUUAUCUGGUCGAGCAUGCUCGCCUUAG